AAAUCAUUGCCGCGCUUUUGUUUACAGUUCAACCUCAUUCAACAUCUCAUAUUUUUUAUUUAUUAUUUAUAAAUUUAUAAACAAAUUACAAAUCCAAUAAAAAAAUGUCUCUCUUCGGUGAUGAUGGCGUCGAAGAUCUUUUCAACAAUGCAAAUGUUGACGAAAAUCGUCUUCCAAGUGAUGAUGAGCAGGAGAGACCUUUUGGAGAAGACGACGAAGGAGCUGAAGGUGGUCAAAGUGGUGAACCAAUCAAAGUGGAACCGAAAAAAACUCGAUCGGUAAGAAACCCCCGACCACGUCUAACAGUUGACACCCUCCAAGGUGCUCGUGGUAUUCAUACAAUCGAAGAUUAUUUCAAAGACAUGAAAUUCCUCGGAAAAGGUCACGAACGUAAAGAUUUAAAUGAAGUUAUGCGUCGUUUACAACAUUGGGCACAUCGAAUGUAUCCAAGUUAUAAAUUCGAUGAUGUUGUAGCGACUAUUGAACGUUUGAGCAAAAAAAAACCAUUACAAGUUCAUAUGAGUAAAUAUCGAUUGGGAAUGAUUCAACCUCAAAUUAUUUCCGAGAAUCAAGGAGAAAAUGAGGAAGACGAAGUUGCAGAAGAUGAACCUUUUGAUGAAUUUGAUGCUUUGCUUGGGGAACAGAUUGCUAUAUCGAAACUUGCUCCGAAAACACCGAGUAGUAGUCGCCCGCAUAGUUCAAUGUCGGGUAGUUCAUUGACAACACCGGCAUUUGGCAGAGGAGCCAAUGUCAUGUCGACUCCUUAUUCGGGAGUCUUCAAUUUAGAUGAAAGUGAUUUGGCACAACCUUUGCCACCUAGUCAACCUUCAACUCCUGCCAGAGAAGCAUCUCCAGAGCCAAUAUCUGAGAAACCAAAGCUUUCUUCCGAACAAUUGGCUAGAAUAGCAGAGAAUCGAAGACUCGCAAUGGAAAGACUGAAAGCAAAGAAGGCUCAGGAAACCUUCUAAGGUUAAGUAUAUUAUUUUUUAUUUUUUUCUCUUUUUUUUUGUACAAAUGUUUAAAAAUUCAUACACAAUAAAUAUUCUGGUUUCUCUUAUGUUUGUA